AUGGCUUUUACAUUCAUCAGAAUCAAUCUUGUCUCUCUAGUCAUCCUUCUCUGUUGGUUUAUAGCAGUGGACAAUACAGUAGCAGAAUGGUUUAAUUAUGGCGGCAACAUAACUAACCGGGGGAUUGCUGAUCAACCCAACAGACAUAUCUGCAACACCAGCGGUGGCAAAUGGGGCAGUGUACUUCCCAUCAUGGAAUGGAUAUUUGUAUGCAGUCAAUGCCUUCAAUGGUACUCUUAUAUGGAAGCAAAACGUCGGCGAGUUAACUGGGUUGCCGGGAACCGGGACUGUGGUGAACGUGUCCGGUGUCUAGAGCCACUCCGACGGUGGCCGGAAACCUUUUUUAUAGUCGGAAUUUAUGGACCUGCGGUGGUGAUUGCCGUCUCACGGUGGACUGGAGAGCUUGUUUGGUCGACUCGGAUUGACCCGCGUCCUCUAGUUCUCGUCACUGCUUCUGGAACAAUACACUUAGG